GUGGCACCCGUGUGAACCAUGGACGAUUUAGCCGCCCCUGCACCCGCCUCCGUGGGCUUCACCUACACAGUGGCCGCCUCGCAGACCUUGGGCCUGGCUGUGAUCCUGGUCGUGGGGGCCUGGAUGGGUGUGUACCGUGGGGGCUUCGCUUGGGAGAGCCCAGAACUGCAGUUCAACGCCCAUCCGCUGUGCAUGAUUGUUGGAAUGGUGUUCUUGCAAGGAGAUGCCCUCCUGGUCUAUCGGAUUUUCAGGAACGAGAGCAAGCGUUCCACCAAGAUUCUGCACGGCCUCCUCCAUGCCCUGGCCCUGGUCAUUGCCCUGGUUGGUCUGAUCGCUGUCUUUGAAUACCAUAAGAAGAAAAGCUUUCCGAAUAUGUACAGCCUGCAUAGCUGGUGUGGAAUUGCUGCUUUUAGCUUCUACUUGCUACAGUGGCUGCUUGGACUGGUCUUUUUCCUCUGCCCUGGAGUUUCAUUCUCGGUCCGCAGCAGAUACAAACCGCAGCACGUGUUCUUUGGGGUCUUCCUCCUCGUCCUCUCUAUCGCCACAGCACUCCUGGGGAUCCUGGAACUGCUGCUCUUCAAGAUAAGAGACAGCUACAGUUCGCUCGUCCCUGAAGGCGUCUUGGCCAAUGUCUUGGGCCUCUUGCUGGUGGCCUUUGGGGCCGCUCUGGCCUACAUCCUGACCCGGGAUGGGUGGCGAAGAACCCCCUUGGCCGAGGAGCAGGCGCUCUCCAUGGAUUUCAAAACCCUCACGGGGGGAGAGAGCCCGGCAGGCUCCCCCUGAGGCCACCCCCCCCCCCGCGGCCUGUGUGGGUGGCUCUGUGUGAGUGCGCCUCCGUGUUGCCAACUGUGGUGCCGUCCGUGCUUCUCGGGCAUAAGCAGCCCCCUCCUUGACAGCCGCACAGCGCAGCUUCCGCUUUCCUGCCCUUAGCUGGUCACUCAGUAAGGAGCAGGGAUCUAAUUCAGAGGCUGCGCAAGGGAGGCUGGAGCUGUCUUUACUGCUGCUUUUGUGACUCUGGACUCUGUGCCAUGUUCCCAGGGGGUGGGGAGGGUUCCGGAGGCGGGCGCCCUCCCCCCAGUUCUGCCUUUGUCAGUCCCUGUGUGUCUGAGUGUAACUAAUCAUUGGCUGGCUUGCAAGAGAUUUCUCUACUCAGUUCUAGAGGAGGGAGGGAUAGGAUCCAAAAAUGGCUUUGGAAGGGAGGGGAAGGUAGCCAGCUCCGUGCAAUUGGAAGCCAUGUUGCUUAUCGAGGUUUUUUUUGUUGUUCAGUCGCACAGUCGAGUCCGACUCUUUGCGACCCCAUGGACCAGAUCGAGGAAUGGACCUUACAAAAAUAAAUUCUGGGUGCCUUUUGUCUCUCCCCCAGUGCCUGGGUCAAAUGAAUUUCUGGAAUGUUAGCUUCUUGCCGAAUAGAUCCACAUAUUGUCACAACGACCAGGCUCAAAUUGCCUUCAUCUCUCUCUUUGACGGAAAUUUGACUGAUAAUUUGCAUGCAUUGAUUUUAUUCUCUGGGAGCGACACUCCCAACAGAGAUGAAACCAGACUCAUUUGCUUUGCCUCUUUCAUCUUCAUGGGUGGAGGGACACCCCUAUUAAACUUCCUAGAGGGUGUUAAAACCAGGCUUAGAUGAAAAGGGGGGAGACAAAUUUUCGUUCUGAAAUCAUAUUAGGGAAUUCUUUCCUGUGCCUAGUAGACUCAGUGACAAGAUGUGCUAUGUCGGGAGAGGUGUGCCGGAACACUAGAAAUGUGCUAUAUAAAUGUUAAUUAUGAUUGUACAUAAAAUAUUUAUUUUUCCAGGAAUUCCUUGAGAGUAGUUAUUUUUCUUCAAAAGCACCACAUAGUUAUGUUUACAAAACCACCGACCUAAAUAUUAUCAGAAUGUAAAUUUGGUUCUGGCUGGGAUCUCUUGUACUGCUGGGUUGAUUGAGCUUCAAUAAAUCGUUGGCGCAAGACCUGGA